CUGUUUAUUUCCAAAAAUAAAUUUCACUUGACACUAGCGUUUUUGUUUUGGUGUCAAUUUCUCAUUACACCAUAUCACAAUUCACCACCACACCCUUCUCUUCAAAUUCAAUCACACACGCAUAAAUCACCUUCUUCUCCCUCUCUUCUCUCUACACAUACACACAUUCAUAACCUCUCUAUCGCAUCUCUCUCUCUCUCUCUCUCUCUCUCUCUCUCUCUCUCUCUCUCUCUCUCUACGCCAAUGGCCACCGCUACCGAUAACAACCUCUCCAAUCUCAAAUCUGCUGUCGCCGGAUUGGAACAAAUCAGUGAGAAUGAGAAAAGCGGAUUCAUCAACCUCGUUUCUCGUUAUCUCAGUGGCGAAGCGCAGCAUGUAGAAUGGAGUAAGAUCCAGACGCCUACUGAUGAAGUUGUUGUGCCUUAUGAUAGUUUGGCGCCAACUCCUGGUGGUUCUUCUGAGAUUAAGAAUCUUUUGGAUAAGCUUGUGGUGUUGAAGCUUAAUGGAGGAUUGGGGACAACAAUGGGUUGCACUGGUCCAAAAUCUGUCAUUGAAGUUCGUGAUGGGUUGACAUUUUUAGAUUUAAUUGUCAUCCAAAUUGAGAAUCUCAAUUCCAAAUAUGGAAGCAACGUUCCUUUGCUUUUGAUGAACUCAUUCAACACUCAUGAUGACACUCAAAAGAUUAUUGAGAAAUACCAAAACUCCAAUAUUGAGAUUCAUACUUUUAACCAGAGCCAGUAUCCUCGAUUGGUUGUUGAUGACUUUUUGCCAUUGCCUUCCAAAGGGCGCACUGACAAGGAUGGGUGGUAUCCUCCUGGUCAUGGGGAUGUCUUCCCAUCAUUAUCGAACAGUGGAAAGCUUGAUGCACUAUUAUCACAGGGUAAAGAAUAUGUGUUUGUUGCCAAUUCAGAUAAUUUGGGAGCCAUAGUUGACUUGAAAAUCUUAAAUCAUCUGAUCGAGCACCAGAAUGAAUAUUGUAUGGAGGUGACGCCGAAAACAUUGGCUGAUGUUAAGGGUGGCACUUUGAUUUCUUAUGAAGAAAGGGUUCAGCUCCUGGAAAUUGCACAAGUCCCAGAUGAACAUGUUGGUGAGUUCAAGUCAAUAGAGAAGUUCAAAAUUUUCAACACAAAUAAUUUGUGGGUGAACUUGAAAGCAAUCAAAAGACUCGUCGAAGCUGAUGCUCUUAAGAUGGAGAUUAUUCCCAAUCCAAAGGAAGUUGAUGGAGUAAAAGUUCUUCAGCUGGAAACUGCAGCUGGGGCAGCCAUAAGGUUCUUUGACAAGGCUAUUGGGAUUAAUGUUCCUCGAUCCCGAUUCCUUCCAGUGAAGGCAUCUUCAGAUUUGCUUCUUGUCCAGUCAGACCUCUACACCUUGGAAGAUGGGUCUGUAAUUCGGAACAAAGCUAGGACUAAUCCUGAAAACCCUUCUAUUGAACUGGGGCCAGAAUUUAAGAAGGUUAGCAACUUCUUGAGCCGCUUCAAGUCAAUUCCUAGUAUUGUUGAGCUUGACAGCCUAAAAGUGGCUGGCGAUGUGUGGUUUGGAGCUGGUGUUAUCCUCAAGGGGAAGGUCAGUAUUGUUGCCAAAUCUGGCGUAAAGUUGGAAAUUCCUGAUGGAGCCAAAAUUGCAAACAAGGAAAUUAAUGGCCCAGAGGACCUGUGAAGAAGCUAAUGAGUUUAGACGUAUCGGACUGUAUACGAUCAUGGCAGUCUUAUGUUAUUUCAAUUACAUAUAUUACACAAGUUUGAUAGGAAAAUGCAAUAAGGUGUUUUUUUUGUCAUGAGUAUGUCUCACUAUGGAGCCUUGCUGGUUGUCUUGUGAUUUAUGUUAAGAACAAAAACUUUUUGUCGUAAAGUACUAAAAGGUGGGUUAUGAGUUAUUCCCGUUACAUAAGUUUUCAUGCCAUUUUAUGUAACAACGUUAUCCAUCUGAUUUUGUCAUCAUAUAUGUCUUCUAUAUCCCUACUUAAUGUAUUA